UUUAGUGAUAAAAUAAUUUCGAGCCCUGUCAAAGCGGUUCGCAGCUGCUUUUAACAUCUUAUUAUCUGAAUCUGCCUUCGGCUAACCAUAGCUAGCACCUAACCUUGCUAACAGUUUUAAGCUGCUGUGGAUUCAUUUAAUUAAAACACCAAAAAGACCGGACUGUGAAUGUAUUUAUCACAUAAUGCAGAAAUAUAUCGACUUUCCAUUUGAAAGCGGUGACCUAGUGAGUGACUCGUGUUUCACCGUUUGCUGUUACGGUAACGUAAACCCAGCGAUAACACGGUGGCUAGCUGAGGGUUAACAAGCUGGCAAGCAGCUAGCUGACAGAGCUCCGUCUCCAUUCAUUUUUUCCUCCCAUGUACUAUUUUCACCCACUGUUUAUAGCUUGGAUUUGUACCAGUUAAAGCACGGUUGUACAAAACAACUAAGAUUUAUGGUUUCGCUUUUCAUUUAUUUCCGCAAUGACAUCGAAGUAUGUAUGUACUCGGAACGUAUGUCAAGCCAUACACCAGCUUUAAUCUGCAAAAUUAGCAUUUUUAUAGCUAUAACAGCUCAGGCUGACAUUAAAACGGAAUGACUCAACUGACUAACGUUGGAGCAAGCUUGUGUAUCGCAUAAACUCAUGUUUUGUAUUUAGCGUUGGCUUGUAAGCAGCACUGACUCCUCACAUAAGAAAACACCUGCUUGUGGGUGGCCUUUGAAAACACUAGUAACCAGAAUCUUGGUAGUUUUCCAAUCAACUUGGAGAAAACACUUUUCUCCCCCAACGUUUUAAUUUAAAUGUGUAAUAUUAGAAAACCCCAUACCAAUACUCUUAUUUAGUCAUUCUGAGUUACAGGUAACAUUAGAAAUUCAAGAUACAAUCUGACAUAAAUCUUGCAAAUAACCUUAUUUUCAUAAAUGUUCAGUUACUGAAACUAUUUGAAAGGCAAAAUCUUAGUUACAUUAAUGGUCAAUUUGGGGUUAUAGUUUGUAGCUUUUAAAUUAAAACAGUCUAAACAUUAGAAUCAGGUUUUAGAAGUAUUUUUCUUUUAAUGCAGAUGCUUAGAUUAGUUUUGGCCACAACUCAGAUUCUUUAUUGAUUCCAUUAUUAACUCCUGUUCAAUUUUCUGCAGGGUGGAAAAGUAUGUUUGCAUUCAUUUACAGUCUCAACACUGUUUCAGAUCAGAGUCUGGACACACUGUAGAAACAAAAGACAUAUAAAGUAUUUCAUGUGACUCAGGUAUGCAGUUACUCCACUGUUGCACACUGCCACACUGUAGUGUGACUUCACUACUUUGCAAUGAAAAAUAAGCUCGGAUGCUUCUGCUUCCAAUAGAUUGGAUAAUUUCUAACUAGUUCUCAGUUCCCUUAUAUGUAACACAAUACAAGUUUACCGGACCAUAGACUAUAAAUGCAAAAUAACUUUGAAUGAACAUGUUUCUGUGUGUGUUGGUUAUCGUCUACACUUAAGAGAAGAAAACAUUUUGAAAGCGUUCAAUCUUCCGGAUAGAAUUAGUGUCGGUACUUUGACCACUUGUGCUUUGUGUAUUGUCAAAUUCACAGGGAUUUUGCAAUUCACUGGAAAAUAAUGAACUACACUUUGAUUGUGACCAAAAAAAUCUCCUUUUCUCAUGUAAAAGUGCAGCUUGGCACUCUGUGGGGUUUGGUUUAUGUUGCACAUAAUGAGCAGGCUGGUUUUGUGUAACUUAAUACUUGAAAGUGUGUAACAUGAACUUUGUGUGGUCUAGCAGAACUGAUUUCUUUUGUUACCCAGUCAAAGCAAAUGUUGACUAGAUCAUUCCAGAUGAAAGCCAUAAUUGUGGAGUAGACCAUAAUACAACAUGUCUGUGCUUGUAAUUCUUAAUUGCUCGAGUUUGUAAUUUAAAGAUUUCUUAUUUGUUAAAUGGCACAUAUAAUUUUUCUCCAUGUUUUAUCACUAAGAGAAAGUACUCAUUUAUUUUCCGCAUGGCUGUUGUUAAAUUCUUGAACACAGAACAGAUCCUAGCACAGGGGGAGGAAGAGCCCACAGCCCUCAACUCAGUGGGCCUGUGUUUUCUUUGGUCAUGUUUACAAAAAGCUUAGCAGAUGGGACAGUGGGGCUGAGACCUCUUUGGAAGAGCCUCAUGCUUUAUGCUCAUUUUAGGAGCGAAACCAGGCAGGCGAAUGCUGGAAGCCAAACUAGAGAGAACCUCCUGAUGAUAAAAACGUGUUCAUCAUGGCUUGAACUACAGUCUCAUCAGUGUACCGCUCUACCGGAUUUAUUACUUAUUUAUUUGUUUUAGUGUGCAAAAAUUAUGAUAUUGGUGCUGUUUAAAAAAAUUCCAUCUGUUUUCUGAGCUCAUGUGACAACUGGCAACAAAGAAAUCAACAUAUUGAAGUCCAGUGUACUUACUGUCCUACUUUCGAUGAGCCAUCUACAAUAACAAACACCUGCAGCAAUGAACCUGACAGGUAUACGUGACUGACUGUAAAAGAACAUCUUGCUGGGGAUUGCUGUUUGGUUUUGCCUACUCUUAUCAGGGGAAAACAUUGCAUAGCUGUUCACAGAAAUUAGCAUUCUCUUAUCAGCUAUAAACCACAAGUCCAAAGAAGCCAUCCCAUUGGCUAAACCCUUACUGCCAUGUCAGCUGACUGGACAAGCAUAUGUUCAUAUUCUGCAGAGAAUAAAAGAAAAAUGACAAUCUUUAUUACUAUUACACAAUCGCAGCUGGCUUCAGGUAGUGUAUCUGUAUUUACUCCUGGGAAGGUCAUUGCAAGGUGAUUAGGUGGACCUUAUUUGAGAUUUGAUUCAGGAUGACAGGGGGAUAUUAUCACCAUAAUCUGAGAGAGGAAAACAUUGGUGCUAGUCUAGUCCUGAGGUGGAUAAGGCUGGAGCUGACGCUCUGUUAAUGGUGAUGAAGAGACAGAGAUCUUGGGGGAACAGGGAGCUCCUGGGAAGCCACACAGAAGACAACACAGACAACAGUGAACAGGAUGAGCCAUCCUCUCAGAGGUCAUCUUGGUUCCUGGCGGACACCAUGAACUACGUUGGCCAGCUAGCAGGUCAGGUUCUGGUGACUGUCAAAGAACUGUAUAAGGGCAUUAACCAGGCCACAUUGUCAGGCUGCAUCGAUGUUGUGGUUGUCCGUCAGAGAGAUGGCACUUACCAGUGCUCGCCAUUCCAUGUGCGCUUUGGUAAGCUGGGCGUGCUGCGCUCCAAAGAGAAAGUGAUCGACAUCGAAGUGAAUGGAGAGCCUGUAGACCUGCAUAUGAAGCUUGGUGACAAUGGAGAGGCCUUUUUUGUGCAGGAAGCUGAGCAACAGAAUCAGAUUGUUCCUGCCCAUUUGGCCACCUCCCCAAUCCCCACCGAGAGUCACCUGUUCUGGAUCUCAGAGGUGGAGCACAGGGCACCAAAAGAUCUGGAAGAUGACCCUGCCGACCCAGAGGACCCUCCUGAACCUCCUGCUCCAAGCACUGUGGCCACAAAAAAGAAGAAAAGACGGAGAAAGAAGCACAAAGGAGACCCCCGUAGAGAGGAACUGACCCCACCGUCAGUCACUACUGGUAAUGCUGUUGCUGCUAAUGCACCCGCUGCUACCACUGCUGCUAUGUCUAGUACUGGGCAAAAUGAGGAGAUCUUUGAAAUGGAUCUCAGCUCUGACGAGGAAACUACAGUUCAUGUAUCAAGAUCACCUUCAGUGACUACAGUGCGUGACAUUGACCCUAAAUUACCCGCAGCCAGACACAGCCUUGAUGGUUAUCCAAUGUCUGAUGGGGACUGGCCAGCUGGUGAUGGCCAUAGCUUGUCUCAGGCCUUUACCCCAAAGAGUGACUCAGAACUGGUGAUGAGGCCUUCAGAGAGUUUGCUCAGAGCUGAGUCUCACAUGCAGUGGACAUGGGGAGAAUUUCCAGAAACCACAAGGGUCACCAAGAAGGAGAAAUCAGAACCACUGAAAAAAGUGACCAUCACCCCAUCAGAGAGCACCCAUUUCCGUGUCAUCCUCAGCUCGGAGGCCAUGGAGAAUGAGACCGAGGUUGAAAAAGGCGAUGCCACCUCCUCUUCAGUGUGUAACAUUGUCAAGCCCGAGCCACGCACCCCCGUCACCACUGUAACACCUGUGAUUCCAAUAUCGUCUGGUAGCACCAUAUCAUCUGUUAGUCCGGAAGCCCCUACAGAACCCCUUGAUAUCCUGCAAUCAAGCAUAGCAACCUCCACCUCUUCCAGUAACCAGCAGACAGAUUCACCAUCAAAGAAGAAAGGUGUUCCGAAGAGGAGCCAGCAUCAGGGUCCUGAGGAUAUCUACUUAGAUGACUUGAAUGUACUUGAACCUGAUGUUGCUGCACGAUAUUUUCCUAAGAGUGAGACUGAGGCAGCUGCUAAGCACUGGAUUGACUCUGAGAUGCACUCUGGUUCACAGUCCCCACAGUCGGUGGGUAGUGCUGCAGCUGACAGCGGGACAGAGUGUCUCUCUGACUCAACUAGUGACCUCCCUGAUGUUACUCUUUCUCUGUGUGGAGGCCUGACAGAAAAUGCUGAAAUAUCCAAAGAAAGGUUUAUGGAGCAUAUCAUUACCUAUCAUGAAUUUGCUGAAAAUCCAGCAAUUAUAGACAACCCCAACCUGGUAGUAAGGAUAGGAAAUAGAUAUUAUAACUGGACCCUAGCUGCACCUUUGAUUCUAAGCCUUCAAGCAUUUCAGAAGAAUUUACCAAAGGCUACAGAGGAGGCCUGGGUGAAGGAGAAAAUGCCAAAGAAGUCAGGCCGCUGGUGGUUCUGGCGUAAGAGGGCGGAUAGCACAAUCAAGCAGUCGGAGACUAAGCUCGAAACUAAGGAGGAACCACAUUCGGGAGAGGAAGGACCCUCCACAUCUCAGGAGAAGCUGGCCUUAACGCCUAAAGCAAGAGACUCAUCCAGUGAUGAAGAGUCCAAGGAGGUGAGCGCAGCAUCCUGUCAAGAGAGACUGCAGCCAGUGGAUGGUCAGCACCAUCCCAGCCCACACACAUACAGAAAGUCACUGCGGCUUUCCUCUGAUCAGAUUGCUAGUCUGAAACUCAAGCAGGGGCCAAAUGAUGUGACAUUUAGCAUCACCACUCAAUACCAAGGCACAUGCCGCUGUGAGGGUACAAUCUACCUGUGGAACUGGGACGACAAAGUCAUUAUCUCUGACAUUGAUGGCACCAUCACAAAGUCAGAUGUAUUUGGACAGAUACUUCCACAGUUGGGGAAGGACUGGACCCACCAGGGGAUUGCCAAGCUCUACCACUCUGUAGCUGAAAAUGGCUACAAGUUCUUGUACUGCUCAGCCCGGGCAAUCGGCAUGGCGGACAUGACAAGAGGUUACUUACAGUGGGUCAAUGAUGGAGGCACCAUCCUACCCCGAGGACCUCUCAUGCUCUCUCCCAGCAGCCUCUUCUCUGCUUUCCACAGAGAGGUCAUCGAGAAGAAACCAGAGAUCUUCAAGAUUGAAUGCCUUACAGACAUCAAGAACCUGUUCCAGCAUAACAAGCAGCCAUUUUAUGCCGCCUUUGGGAAUAGAGCUAAUGAUGUGUUUGCCUAUAAGGAAGUUGGCGUUCCAGUGUGCAGAAUUUUCACAGUUAACCCAAAGGGAGAGCUGAUCCAGGAGCAGACCAAGGGCAACAAGUCCUCCUAUGGCAGACUGAGUGAGCUGGUGGAGCACGUGUUCCCUUUGCUAAGCAAAGAGCAGAACGAGGCCUUUCUAAUGCCAGAGUACAGCUCUUUCUGUUACUGGAGACAGCCAAUACCAGAAAUCAAUCCAGAUGAACUGCUCUGAGUCGGUGUGUAUUGAUACCCAGCUAUACAGUAACAUUCAAAUGAACUGUGCACCUGAAUGCACCUCCUAAAUACAUGUGAAGUGGAACCAGAACUGUUCCUGCUAAUUAGACUUACACAACACACAGACACAGUAACCAUGAACUCAGAAAAGUUGGUAAACUGUAUUUACUUGAGAGAUGAGUGGAGAUUAUCAGAACAGUAAAUCCUGAUGAGUGAUAACUUAGCGUUUAUUCCACGGAGACACUCCACGUAUGCCUCUGUGUGAAGGCAUCCUGCCCAGUGAUAACUUUCUAGUCCAUGUUCUUGUACAGACUUGGCAGUUGAAGAUCCAGCUAGUAUCUCGGUAAACUUGUAGAAAGCCAUAAACGACGCAGGCAGAAGUCCCUCACGAGGAGCUAGAUUCCGAGCUGAGCAGAAGUAAUUUAAGAAACGCCCCGAAGAAGUGAAACGUAAUGUUUUAAAUGGAAAAGGCACACAUUUAAUUAAAACAGGACAGGCAAUUAACACUGGGCAGUUGUUAUGCGGCAGUCAUAUUUUACUGUAGGUGCUGUGUUUGCCCAGAAGCAAGUAACCAGCCUUUAAUUGGAGGCUUUAUUCUGUUCUAAAAAUACAGUCGUGAUAGAGGUUGGCAAAUAACAGAAUAACACAAACACAGAACCGUCCACAGCCGUUAGAUUUCAGGAACUCGCCACAGUAAGUGUUCAGUUGUCCUCUCGUUCCUGACUCUUGCCUGACUGUGCAACAGAUUUCACACGGCCGCUACACAGCGAGCCGUGUUUGGUACUGUUAAUAUCCAAGGUCGUACCUCGGAUAUGCUUUCACCAAGUAUGUGAGGAUGCACAGUUUGCUGUGACUUAAAAAAAAUGAAGCAGCUUCAUGGUGUAUUGUCUUGCUGUUGUUUUAAUGUUUGUUCUGUUAUGCAAGCUCUGGCAAAUCACAUGUGUUUAGUUAACAAUGGAGUCAUUAUUUAUGAUGAUCAAUGUAUUUAAGUUAUUGAUUUCUAUUGUGAGGCCUUUGCUUGUCUGAAAAAAUAAUUGAUCACCAAUGCAAUAUUUCAGAUUAGUAUUUUUGUGAGGCUGAUCACAGACUAACAUGCACUUAACAGUAACUGCUAGGCCUUGUACAAGCUUUCUUUGGUCACGUCUCCAGCAACAAGCCUGUAUUUCUUUUAUUAACAGUGAAUUUUUCAACAUGUAAGGCACGUAGACAUUCCUGAGCAAAACCUCAGAGUCUGUAGUAUUACCAGAUGUGUGUAAAUGUGAGAGAGGAUGCUUGAGAUGGAACAGUGGAUAUAAGCAGAUUUGAGAAGAGCUUAAAAUGAAGGAUAUUGCUUUGUGAGGUCCUCCGUAGGAUGGACUGCAGGAUGAUGGUAGUGUGUGUGUACCUAAUCACAGAGUGCUGCUGCUGUUGGGGUGGCAGCAUCCUGCACCCUUUGCUUAGGUUCCCUCGGUGGCUUUAUCCAGCGCACUUUGUCAAAGUUGCACCCAGAAACUCAAGACUUACAACUCAGCACAUCUCCCACCCACAUGCACUUCACCGACAGUCUAAGUAGACAGUAGACCAGAGUAUGCAAUUACUGCAGCGUUUGAGCAUAAAGAGUUUGAGUUUUACCUUCUUGACUAUUCAGUUAAUCUGAAAUUUGUCUAUUAGUGAGUUUUGAGAAGCUUAGCUCGUUUCAAGUAGCUUUUUUGUGUAUGUUUUUUAAGGCAGAGGAAAAUGAUGAUAAUUUGGGGUAACAGGCAGCAAGGUAAUAUCAGAGCUACCCCUUAAUGUGUGUGCUUGAGAGCGUGAGAGACAGAAAAGCCUGAUUCCCGUGCCUCUGGUGACCAGAGGAGGAUAAACUGUUUUUUGGAGAUAAACAGGAAAUACUUGACUGUACAGGAAGUGUUUAAGGCACUUCCCCGGCAUUAUCUAUGUAUGAUUUAGGAAAGGAGUUUUGGUCAGAUGGAUCAUAUCUCCAAUGCAAGUGUAACUGACUGUGUAUGCCAGUGUGGACUAAAAAAAGCAGGAGCAGCCAAGAUCAUUUCAUAAAAAUAAGCACAAUUUAUGGUGACAGCUACAUGCACUGCUGAUUUCUUUUCUUUUUUUUUUCUUUUUUUUUUUUGUUUUGAUGAAUACAGUGUGCCCCACUUUGAUUUGUUUGCUUGUUCUCUGCAAAGUGGUGAAGUCAAAUAGAUCUAUCUUAAAAUCAACAAGAAAUUCCAUUCUUUCUAUGAAAGUAAAGCAUCUUGUGUGAAAGAAUCACACUUCAUCUUCUCUGAUCCUGGGAUAUGUGGUAAAUAAACGUUUGAAUGAGUAUAUAUGCUGACCAUCACAUUCUUCUUUGAUGCCUUUUUGUUUUUUUCUUAUAACGUGUAUGAGCUGUUGUGUGACUUAAGUUUUGUUCCGUUUUUGUUUGGAUGUAAUGCUUGGUAUUUGUGUCCGACCAGCAGAAAAUGCAUUAAAUGUAUGCUGUGUUUCAUUUGAAUAGAAAUGUGGUUUGAAGAACAAAAUCAACUGUAAGAAGAAGUAAAAAAAAAAAAAAAAAAUCAGGCCUAAUGAAGCUAACAUGUGGCUUAUGGUCUUGUUUGUAUGAAAUAAAAUUUCUAAAUGAAUGCA